UUACCCCUCAGGCUCUUUAUCAUCAACUCCUGGACAAACUUCAUAGGAAUUUUGUGACAGCUGUCAAUCAAACAAGGUCGUGCUGCGGUGAUGAGCUAGCCUGAGAAUUAUUUUUCAGUGGUGAAACAUGGAGCGGUUUGUUUCAACUGUAAAAUGUCUCACAGAGAACCUGCUGCAGAAACAUCUGACAGAUUAUGAUGAGGUGAUCGAGAAACUGUUCUCUGAAAUCUCUGGCCUGGAGGAUUUCCCCAAAAUACCAGAUCCACAGCUUGAAGAGUGUGCCAUCCAGCUGUGGAAUUGGGCAGUUACUAAGAAUGUGGGCACCAGUAUAAGUAAAAAUCAGAAAGCCAAAGUGCGUCAUGUUGCAUGCAGUCUGCUGUACUGCUGUGAGCCUGGGAAUCCAACAGAGGGCGUUGUCCGCAAGCAAAUCCUGAUGGCCAGCAAAACAGGGAGAACCUGGCUGGACUGCAAAAAUCCCCAGAUGGCAGAUAACUUCUUAAGGCUUGCUGUUAAGAGCCUGGAAACCCUCUAUAGCCAGCUGACGUCCAGAGGUGACGGUGCUGCUGACAUCAUUUCAUCCAAAGGGGAUGUAGAGAAGGAUCUGCUUCGAAUUCUCUCAUAUCAGGCAGAAUCGGCCAUAAGUCAAGGGAAUAACCAUGAGGCUUUGGCCUACAUGCAGCGCUGUAAAGACAUGCUGCUGCGGCUACCAAAAGAUACUGCGUACAUCUCCCUUAUGUGCUACAACUUUGGAAUAGACACUUACAAUCUGAGAAAGUUUGAGGACAGUGCAGUUUGGUUGAGCCAAAGCUAUGACGUUGGGAGAAUGAACGUAAAAUACGCCCCUGGAUCUGAAAUCCAGGCCAAGGUUUUGAGGCUCCUUGCCACUGUUUAUUUAGAGUGGGACUGUCAGAGGUUUCAGGACAAGGCCCUUAAUGCUGUCAACUUAGCCAACAAGGAAUGUGUAAGUGCCUCUGGGCUGUACUUAAAAAUCAGAAUAUUCCUGAGAUGUGGGGCCUCAGAUGAUCAUAUCAGAGCAGGACUUCAUGAGAUGCUGGAAGCUAAGGUUUCUCUUGAAGUGUGUCUGAGCGCAGUGAAACUACUCAUAUCUGAAGACAGAGAAGUGCUGGCAUUUGAGUAUUUGAAACGUGUAUGUCAGCACUUUGAGUCUUCCCCUGACCUGGGCACUGCUCUUGUGUUGCACAUUGAGCUGCUGCUGCAAAGAGGCAAGGAGCUGUUGGGCAAACAGAAGAUAGAGGAUAUCAUCACUGGCCACUAUACAGGAAAACAGCUGACUCCACAGGCCCUCACAAGUCUACAUGUCAUGCUGUGGGAUAAAGCGUCCAAACACUUUGAGGCCAGGAACUAUUCUGAGGCUCUUCAGUGGUAUAACUACUCCCUAAGUUUCUUUAAGGCAGGUCAGAUGGAGCCCAACUCAGCCAAACUGCAGAGGAACAGAGCUUCCUGUUUCCUGCAACUUAAGCAACUGGAAAAGGCCAAAGAAGCAAUUAAAGAAGCAGAGAGAUGUGAUCCUGACAGCAUUUUCACCAAGUUCAGUGUUUACAAGAUUGCAGUGCAGGAGAACAAUGUGGAGAAAGCUGCAGAGGCAGUGAAUGCGAUGGGACUUCUGUGCAGGAAUCCUGUGGCCAAUGAGGACAGACUGCUGGUGUCUGAAAAUGCUGCUUCCUAUCUCCUCAGUCUGGCUGCUCAGAUUGCUUUGGAGAAUGAACAGCAGGAAACUGCCAUGAAGGCACUGGAGAGUUUGUGUGAAAACUCCAAAGAUGAAGCUCAGGUUCUGACUGCUCUCAGGUGUUUGGUUCGACUUGUGCUCUUCACAAUAGAAAAAUCUAAUGAUGACAUGAGGAAUGUGAAUCUGGAUGUCCUGCUGCCAUAUCUAAAAAUGGCUCUGCAGAAAGUUUCACACCAGUCUCUCAUGACUGUUGAGCAACGUGCAGAAGAAGCUAACUGGUUCAGGAAGAUUGCUUGGAACUCGGCUCUGCAGUGCGAGAGUAGCCCCGACAGAAUAAGGGAUUUCUUUGUGCUCUCUUACCAGCUCUCCCAGCUGUGCCCUCCUGAUCGCACACUGCUCAUGGGCCAGAAGACAUGUCUGCUAAUGGCUGCUGCUGCCUCUUUGGAGCUCUGCAGGAAGUCUCUUCUCUCUACCCAGACUGAGGAGCUCACUCAGGCUCUGGAGCACAUUCAGAUUUGUUGGGAGAUCUGGAAUACCCUGAAAGCAUCAGGGAACUUCCCAAUGGACCAAACAGACACGCUGCUGCUGCUGUAUGAAUUUGAAGCUCGUGCGAAGCUGAAUGACCCCAAGGUUGAGACGGUACUUGAGUCUGUCUUGGAGCUUGAAAAUGUUGAAACCAAGGUGCUUGAAACCAUUGCAGCCUUAGCCAUGGAGCCUCCAGCCCACUUCCCUCUGCUAUGUAAGAAGGCCUUGAGGGUUGCUCUCUCUCUGCAUAAGAAACAACCACAGACUGACCUGGCGCGCUGCAGCAAGUGUGUUCACAGCCUGAUCAAGCUGUCCCUCCCGACCGGUGUGUCAGAGGUGGAGGCCCAUGUGCUCAAGGAGGUGUGGGACUACUAUGAGGAGGCCCUGUCCAUCAUUGCAGCCGCACCGGACGACUUCCCAGAGAUGGAGACCCUGUGGUUGCUGACUCGGGCUUGGAACACAGGGAUAUUGCUGUACAGCCUGGCUCAGUAUCCCGAGGCUGAGAAGUGGUGUGGCCUCGCCAUGAGCUUCGUCCGCCACCUGGGAUCCCUGCAGGACAGUUAUGAGACACAGAUGUCUGGUCUCUACAGUGAAAUCCUGGAUAGGUUGGACAAAGCCAAGAAGAACCUCAUCAUGGAAGAAUAACCAAACUGGGACAGGUCAGCUGUUGUCAGUAUGGUGUUAGGUGCCUGUUCUGCGGGUACUCCUAAAUUGACUCAGUUCCAUCAGUUUGUUGCAGCUAAAUGUUAUUAAUGUUGUUGUAAUAAGUCCAUCAGAUAUUGCAGUUUCAUAAAUUGUUGCUUUAAAUCUGUACAAUUGUGAGACGUCCUGGUAGACUAGUGGAUAAGACAUAUAGAAAAUUCGUUUCUGUUCCUGGGACUUUUGUUUCAUGUUACCGCCCUUUCUCUCUCUCCCUAAUGUUUGUUGCCUUCUGUAAAUAAAAGGCUAAAAUCCCAACAAA